AUGGCUUUCAAUGGCUGCAGAGAAUCCCAGGUCUCCCAGAAGAUGAAGACCAUGACACUCAAGGCAUGCAAGAAGGAAGAGAAGAUGGACAGGGAGUUUCAGAAGAAAUUCAAGGGGACACUGCUGUUUGUGUUUCAGUUCAAAGGCAGCAUCAAUGUCCUGACUCAGAUGAUGGUCGACCCUGCAGUGACAGAGAAGAGGGGCGGAGCGAAGAACCUGCCACUGAGACGGGGAGAAAUCCUUGAUGUCAUUCAGUUUACAAAUCAGGAGAAAAUCCUCUGCUGGAACAUCCAGAGGAGGUAUGACUACGUGCCCCGGGCCACAAUGCUGCGUCUGGACACUGACAUCUAUGAUGACGUUGAAAUUUAUGGCUGAGCUAACCACGCUGAGGCCAAAGGCACAAGACAGCACCACAGAGACCUCCCCAAGAGCUGAAACAUGAACAGCACCAGACACCAGGCUCCUUUUGUGAAGGAGCUCUGCUUCCUCUGAGACAGACUGCAAAACCACCUUUUUCUGUCCCUGCCAGAGCAGAACAGUAGCAUGGCUGCUCAGCAUCUGGGGCUGCACAGAUCCUGUCCCAUGGGGCAGGGGGCCCCAGAUCCUCGAGUCACACCAUCACCAUAGCUCUGUUUUGUCUGUGUAAAAUAUAGCAAUGGUUCAAGAGGGUUUUAUGGCCCUUUUUUUUUCUUUUGGGGGGUGGGGAGAGAGGGGUGAAAUCGGGCCAAUAAAGAUUUUGAUAUUUUCCUAUUCCCAGAGCAUCUUUAGCCUGGGACCCUCCUGCCCUUUCUGCACCACACUCUGGCCUUAGUGGUACUCCUUGUGGAUAUUCUCAGCUCAGUCAGAUAGAAAGAGAAAAGGGUUUUCUAACCAGGAAAGAAGCAGUUGGGAAAGAAUGUAAAUAAUUCUCUAAUCUAUCUUGUUGUUCACAUUGUUUAUAGAUAUGUUCUGCCUCUGUGCAUCAUUCACUGCACACCAAUGGUGUGGGAUGUUUUUACUCUAAGACCAAUGAAAUUAGUCUUCUUGAUGUUCUCUAUAUAUAGA